AUGUCAGAAUCAAAUGCCUCGUUAACUUCCGAGUCAUCGCAUACUCGCGGGAGAGGUCGUGGGAAGUCCCAUGGUGGGCUAGGAAAGUACCUUCGCGCACGAGGCCGUGGUCGAGGUGGCCGCCCAGCAGAAUUCCACCAGCGCCUAGUCCUGGAAGGUGAACAGGCUGUCGAUCUCGACCCUGAUUCGGAAGAGGCGAAAGAACUUCAACAAAAGUACGCACGGCGACACAUUGGAUCUAACGCCGAUUGUUAUGCGGAGCUCGAGCCUGAGUUAGAUUCUGACGGAGAGGAGAUUCGUAAGCUGGAAGUAGACUUAUCGUCAUUCCUUGCGAGACAGGUUAUCGGACUGCCUCCAGUCGAUGAUGAUGACAUCGACCAUGAACUCGCACAUAUCUCGUCUCAUCGUAUCCCACCUCUGACUUCUCAGAAGGGGCGCGUGCAGGCAAUUGAGUGGGACGCAGAACUUGAGGAAAUGAGUCGCGAAAAAGCCGCUGCAGAUGCAAGUCGAGAUCUGAAGGCGCGAUUCCGUGCGAAGUCGGAGAAGUUCAAAGUAAAGCCUCUGUUUUCACGCGAUACAAAACAAGGGGAUAACUAUUCUGAGGCGCCAGCUCUUCCUAAUGACACGCCGAGGAAGGCGCCCAAAGUGGAGAUGGAAGAUUUUCUUGACGAUCUUCUCAGCUAAUGACCUGUAUCUUGCGCAUGACACUCCUGUUCACGGGUAUUUGCACGUUGAUUCUCUUUUCGCUCCAAGUAUAUGUCUACAUGGUCAAAGGCUGAAUGGCCUCAGAAGGUCGUCAACGCGUCAACAUCCAUCAUCGGCGCCGACUUUUCCACAUCCAUGUCCUGAAUCCAGACGUGGCGGAGACUGGUGGCCACGUCAACAAGCUUCACGGUUGAGCUCAGCCCGGAUGAUGUCAAUGCUCCCGCAUUUGCGGGUCGUUCAUUCGUGCUGUCAUUGACUGAUAUCAUAAUUGGCCAUCUACUUAUAA